AGAGGUUGCAAAUACAGAGGGGACAGGAUGUGCUGCCUGCAGCUCACAGGAGGACAGGGAGCUACAAACGCUGCCACCUUCAGAGCAGGACUCCUGGAGAAGCUGCACGUGUCCCACACAGCCCCAGUGGCAGAACUCAUCAGUUCCCUUCUCCCACAUCCAGAGGUGCAAGCGACUUUCCCUGUUUCAUUAGCCCUUCGUUAUUGUCAAAGGGAGCUCUGUCUACAUCACUGGCCAACCCAGAGAAGAUGCAGCCAAGGAGCACCUGGCUCCAGGUGUGGGUGGAAGGGAGAAGCUGUCUGCAGUAAGGACCAUCAGUUGCUCCAGUGUGGGACUGGAUGGGGGGUUGGAUGGAUGAGGAGUAGGACCAACGCUGUGCACCCAGACCUACAAGUAUGAGGUGUUGCUGUCCCUCCUGCAAAGACAGACCCUGUAGCCCAGGAAAAGGCCUAAAAGGAAGUCUAGUUCCUUCCCUCCUAUUUCAAUCUGCUGAGCCACCAAACUUGUGGGUUUGUGGUUGCAAAACAACCCCCUAUUUCAUAAGUCAGAGAAGAAGCCAUUUCACCAUCAAGUGACUGGAUCUAAGAAAGAGAAACAAAAAGUCCUGAUAGCCUUUCCCCCAAGGUCUGCCAGAUCUUAAGACCUAAGUUAUCACAGGGGCCCAGCCCUGGGCAUGUGACUGGACAUUGUGGUUCCAGUUCAACCACCCCAGCCCUGCAGUGGUGCUGCAGAAAGCCAAGCCGUGGGACAGAAGGCGGUUUGUGACAACAAGCUUGUAUCAGGAGCCACGAGAAGCCACGCAGCUGCUUGGUGCCUCUGGUCAACGCUUUCCUCUGAAGAAACCCUGCUUGAGCCAAAUACAGAGGGAGCCAAGAGGGACAUGAUGCUGCCCGUGACCUGUGUGCUGGCCUUGGGCGCUUGGCUAGUGUCACAGGGUGAGGCUACACUGAGUACCCCCACAAUCUCCAUCUUCCUGAAGCCACCUGGGGUAAUCCCACCUGGAGGCUCCACCACCAUCUACUGUAUUUGCCAGUGCAGCAAUGGGAGCUUUGUGCUGUACAAGGGCAGCCGCCAGCUCCGCACCCUGGAGCAGAGCAGUGGCAGGGCCGAGUUCUCCAUCUCUAAUGCCACCUAUGAGGACAGAGGUGGCUACAACUGCCAUUACCUGGAGGGAGACACUGUGCUGGCUCGAAGCGCUGAUCUGGAAGUCUUUGUGGAAGAGCUCCGUCUGCCCAGACCCGACCUCUCUGUCCUGCCUGGGCACGAGGUGGCUGUGGGAGCUGAGGUGAUGUUCCACUGCACCAUCACACAGCCCAGCACCGGCUGCUUCCUGUACCUGGAAGGCCAGAUCCGAGCCCAGCAGUUCCACAGGGAACAAGGGGACUACAGCUUCUCCCUCGUGCAGAAAGGUGACAGCGGCCGCUACAGCUGCCAGUGCUACGCCCUCAGUGCUUGGAGAGAAUGGUCGGCUGUCAGCAACACCCUGGACUUGGUGGUGAGAGAUUACACGCUGUGCAACACCGUGCGCCUGGCGCUGGCGGCCGGGCUGCUGCUCCUGCUGGGGCUCAUCGCGGCGGAGGCGGCGCGGAGCCGCUGCUGCCGGGGCUGGGGGAGCAGUGCCGGGCACCGCCGGGCACCGCGGCACUUAUCGCCCUGCAGCAACCCGUGCUGGGAUGAAUAAACCGUCCCUGUCGCCA